CGCCGCACAGCAUCCCGGAAGUGGGGCAUCAUCUGCUCCUUCAGGAGGAGACGCAUCAUCGUCUGAGCUGUUGUCAACAACCAGGACAGAGGCGAGAAACCCUUCGGCCUGGUCGGGCAGAAAUCCACUCUCCCCCCCUGCAAGUGGAGUUCAUAUGAGAAGGACAAAUGAAGUGACCACCAGGAUACAAUGUCAUCUUUCCAGGUGGUGGACUCGUCGCCGGGCAGCAGCGUCAGCAUCAUGGAAACGUCCAACUUCGCCCACGUCAUCUUCCAGAACGUGGGGAAGAGUUUCCUGCCGCAGGCGCCCCUGGAGUGUUGCUACACCCUGACCCCCUACAUUACACCCAACCUUAAAGACUGGGUGGGCAUCUUCAAGGUGGGUUGGAGCACAGCCAGGGAUUACUAUACCUUCCUUUGGUCUUCUAUGCCUGAAAACUAUGAACCAGGAAGUACUGUGCACAGGACUGUGGUGUUUCAAGGGUAUUAUGUCCCUAAAUCUGACGGAGAGUUUUACCAGUUCUGUUAUGUCACACACACCGGGGACAUCAGAGGAGCCAGCACGCCCUUCCAGUUCAGGUCAGCUACUCCCACCGAGGAGCUGUUGACCGUUACCGAGGACGACAGCAACUCAGACAUACUGGUCGUCACCACGAAGACGGGCCUGUUAGAGAGAGUGGAGGAGGCACAGCAGGAGCGCAGGGAGCUGCUGAAGGCCAUGCGGCUCCUGCAGGAGGAGAAACAUCAGCUGCAGGAGGAGCAGAAACGACUGGCCAGGGAGAGGGAGCAGGAGAGGGAGACAUGCUGUCUGCUGCGGACACACAACCAGGAGCUGCUGCGCUCGUCGCAGGGCCUGUCAGAGGAGAGGGAGGAGGUGAGGCGGAGGCUGACGGAGGCCACGGACCGGGUCCGCCAGCUAGAAGAAGACCUGCUGGGAGUCAGCCAGAGAGGCCUGCAAAAGGAGACGGAGCUGGACUGGUUAGUGGUGAAGGCUAACACAUGUCCAUCAAUCAUGCAGACUCUUCUGCGUGAUCGUCUGAAGAAGCUGACGGCAGAGAGAGACAUUCUGGAGAGCCAACUUAAGAACGAGAAGGAUGAAAGAGAACUCUACAAGGUCCACCUGCGCAGCACUGAGCUGGAGAACACGAAGCUGAGUGCAGAGCUCCAGAUGUUGAAAGCAGUGGAGCUGAACCGCGAGGUGACCAUUGCCCAGUUCCAGGAGGAGCUGGAAAGGCUCAGAGCCUGUCAUGCCCAGCGGGACAGCUUAGAGAAAGAGCUGCUGGUGCACAAGACUGAUAAGGCAGAGCUGGCCCGUAUACGCGAGAAGCUCCGUCAGGCCGAGGAGCAGCUGCAGGCGUCCCGGCAGCAGGCGUCCUUGCUGGCCUCGGAGCUCCGUGACUCAGCCUGCGCCCGUGACCACACGAUGACUGAGCUGUACCGCGCCCGCUUGGAGGCUGACAAGCUCCACGCCAGUUUAGCUGAUGCUCAGGCCGAGUGCCAACGCAUGGAGAGCCAGUUAGACCGCAUGAGGAGCACUGCACAGAAGGAAGUGGGUGUUGGGACAAGUGGGGAGGUGACACCCAGUCUGAUGGUGGUGUCAGAAGCAGAGGCUGAGCUGCAGAGGGAGGUGGAGGAGCUGAAACUGCGUCUCCACAUGGCUGCUGAACACUAUAAGGAGAAGUACCGGGAGUGUCAGCGCCUCCGCAGGCAGGUCGCUAAACUGAACACAACUGAGUCACAGGGGGAGCCAAAAAGAAAUGCAUCGACUGAGACGACACACGAACCGCUGACCCCUAGUCCAGAAUCACCCACAGCAGGAAACAUAGCUACUGCAGUUCUACAAGAAGCAACUGAGAUAACACUCAUCCCAGAGCUCCUGAACAGGAAACUUACAUCCACUGACACAUAUCUCAGUACAGAAACAGAAGACAGGCAGACAGAGUAUAUGCAGAAGGAGAGGGCCGAGGCAGAGGGUGUGGGAGAAGGGUACCGAAAUGAAAACAAUGAAAAGGAGAAGAAAGAAGAGAAGGAGAGCCUGCCGGAGGAGAGCCUGCGGAUGACGAGCUGGGUAGAGGUGGAGAGCGAGAGGCCGGGUGCACUGAAGCUAGAGGAAGUGAGGCACGUCGAGGAGGAGCAGGUGCUGCUGGAGGUGGAGGUGGAGGGGAUGAGCAUGGAAGAGGCGGAGAUAGAGCAGACUCGCUCGGUGGAGGAGGAGCUAGCGAUGAUGGAGGAGAAGUGGCGGGAGCAGUGCGCCAUCAACGAGACGCUCAAACAGAGGCUGGCCAAUGAGGAGGAGCGAUUCAGGGUGCAGAUGGCCGAGCGAGCCAGUGAGGUGACGGAGCUGAAACGAAACCUGGCCCAGGCGCUUAGAGACAAGGAGCAGCUACAGGAGGAGCUGCAGCGUUAUGUGUGCAGGCAGAGGGAGCGGGAGGCUGGUGCCCAGGGUGCUGAGGCCAGGCAGCCCAUGGUGCUGCGCUACCCGCUGCCCUACCCCCAGGACCCCUCCCCUCCACCGCUGGUGCCGCAGAGGCCCGCCGAGCUGCAGUUCGGCAAUCCCUACUCCACCGACACCACGAGAGACCGGGUGGAUGUUGCUCUGUCUCCUGAGCACAUGUCCCGUCCACCACCGGAGGCCCCACCCUGCGCCCCUCCCUGUGCACCCCCGAUGACACCUCGAAGCCCCGAAGCCGGGGCACCUGGCUGGGACCGAGAGGUGGUCUGCAUCCAGCCCUCUCGCAGCACGAGCCCCCCUGAGAGCCUGGAGCAUCCACCAGAGGAGCCACGAACUGUCACUGACGGGGCUCAGCCGUCCUGUGAGCAUCAGUCCAGAAGACGCACUGAGGCCAGGGGCAGCUUCUGCUUUGACUCCAGUAACGACGUUCACAAGCGCUGCCCGCUGUGCGAGGUGAUCUUCCCGCCCCACUUCGAGCAGCGCAGCUUCGAGCAGCACGUCGAGAGCCACUGGAAGGUCUGCCCCGUCUGCUCCGAGCAGUUCCCGCUCAACUGUCAGCAGCAGCUCUUCGAGCGGCACGUCCUCACGCACUUCGACGGCCACGUGCUCAACUUCGAGCAGAUCGAUUGAAGGAUUUAUGGGGGGGGGUUUUACACCUGGAAUCGUGGCAUACCGUAUGGGUAAAUGUGUGUUUGUCAGCCAUUAGUUCAUUUGGAUUGGGGUUUGGUUCAGUUGUCUCGUUGAUUUAGAAUCAUUCACACUUUUCCGGUUCCUGAAGGUUACAAAAGAAUGUAGUUUACUCCUGAGAGGAAGCAAGAGGCCGUGCUUAAGACAGCUACUCCACCGAGGUGUUUGUUUAUUCGUGUGGCGUCCACCUAAAUACACACUGGGUAAAGGGAUCAUGAAUACGUGGGAACAGUUCACACGAUCCUUUACUUUUCUAUCAUUUUUUAACGCUCAUCUUUCUGCUUCGAUGGACUAGAGCACCAUUUAAAGAGCAUGUAUUUAUUCUGUGUUAAAAACAGUUCAACACUACAAAACUAGAACGAAGAGAGUCAAUUGUAGCUUUGAAGGGAGGAUUUAAAAAAAAAAAAAACCUUUUAGCAUCUCAAGUAUCUUCAUUUUAGUGGCCCUCUCAAUAUUCCUUUACAGUAAGUAGGAUUCUCUUGUGAUAAAGCAGCCGAGAAAGUGCUUCAUCUUUUCCUUCUGUCGUGGAAAGGCAAGGAAUGGACAGUUUCUUUUUUAAGUGUAAAUGCAGAGAUCUGAAUAUAUGAUGUCUUAAGAAGUCAUCUGAGCGAGUAUAUAGUGUAUUAUGACGGAUGAAGGAUAGUGGAGAUUUUCUUUGUUUUUUGACUUGCAAUCUAUGAGCUACUGAACGAAUGACCGUGUUUUUUGCGAACAGAGACGUCAGGUGGUUCGAACAGAAACAGCACUAUGUUUUCAUGUAUCUGCACUAAAUAAGGCUUUAUUCUGAAUGUACUGUACAUAUGAAAGUACGUCGAAGUUGUGGAGCGACUUGUGAAUUACUGUCGUGACCCUGCCUCCCCUCCCCCACUGUAAACCUCCCUCAUGUUUUAGUGUUGAAAGAAUGGCGGGCCAAUGAGGUUUUACUUCCCGGUGAUUGCACUUUCUGGUCUUUGGUCGGGCCGAAGGAUACUGUACCAUGUUGAAGGGAAAUAGACAGCUGAGAUACACUUUUAUUGUUAAGUACUUCCACGUUUUGAAGUUCAAACUGUGAAACGUCAUUUCUUUGUGCGCUGCUCCAUGAGUGAAUGUCGCCGCUUGUCUAUUUUUCCGUCAUUCCAACAGUGUUUUAAUCAGGCUUUAAAAAUUGCACAUGCCCAGUAAUCACAAGGCAAACGUUUGUGUGUGUGUGUGUGUGUGUGUGUGUGCGUGCGUGUGUCAUGUGUCUGACGCAGCCAAUUCACGUGAGAAUGUCUGGACGAUGGUUGUAAGUGUGAACUGCAAAGAUCUUUAUGAAUAAAGUAAGCUUGUUUAAAUGCA